AGUGUAGUGAGUCAAGAGUUGGAAUUGCGAGUAUUGAAAACAAUCAGGAGGAUAUAAUGUGUUAAGCGUCUAUUUAGCAUAGCAUUUAUAAAGUUAUUUAGAAUAUUUCGUGUAGCCUAUGUAGUAAAUUAGCAUAGUUGUUAGUGUAACGUUAGUACAUUUACAAUUAUUCAUUUAGCAGACGCUUUUAUCCAAAGCGACUAGAAGCAUAGUUAUAGUAUUGCAUCAGUUAGGAUAGCUUAGUUAGCGUAGAUUUGGCUUUAUUUAGUACAGUGGUCAGGAUGGUACGUAAGUGUAGCGUUGCUGGUUGCAACAACACUGCUGGACUGCAUAGUUUUCCAGCAGACUUGAAAAUUAGGCGCCAGUGGUUGCAUGCACUUGGCCUGGAAGACCGCGAGUUCCCGCCUAGAGCUGGAGUGUGCAAACUGCAUUUUACGCGAGAUUGCUUCUCCAACGCAAUGCAGGUGGAAAUGGGCUUCUCCUCACAGCUCAUGCUGAAAAGCGACGCAGUGCCUUACGCUAACGUUACUCCUCCUGCAAGGACUCCACGACCGCAGCGGCGCCCCGGGGCCAGCACAUCAAGUGCUUGUAUUCAGCUGCCUCUGUCAAGGGAUGUUUCCUGUCAGACAGACCCCCUGGAAACACAUACUGUAGGCACACAGCUCCCCUUAAAGACUCUGCUGCCCCACUUUAGAAGUGAAGGUGUCCAGGCAAAUGUCUCCUGCAAAGAUUUUGGUGUUGGGACAUCCAAUGCAGACCCUUUGGGCCUGUCAUCGACACCUGUGAAGAGACCUCGUCUAGACCUCGAUGAACAGCUGGAGGACGAUGCAUUGGAGCACAGCUCUUUAGAGGAAGCUUUAAAGGGACAGGAUUCCGCUUCGUUAGACUCUACACUUAAGUCAGCAGAUUCAUCCACUCCCACCCACAACAGCAAAAAGUACAUAGUGUACGAGAGCUGCAUCAUGGAGUUGUUUAAUGUAUGUCCAGUCUGCACCCGGGCAUGUGAUGUGAGGACCCAAAGGCUGGGGACAUUCCUGUCUGUGAAGCAGUGGUGUCCCCGCUGCACAUUUACAAGACACUGGAAUAGCCAGCCUGUCAUUGGGAGCGUGCCGUCUGGAAAUCUGCACCUUUCUGCCGCCGUGUAUCUGAGUGGUGCAUCUUUCAUACAAAUCGAAAAGGUCUUCAAGGCAAUGAAGCUACAGUUGUUUAGGUAUGAAACGUUUCAACGCCACGCCAGAGCUUUCAUUGAGCCGGCAGUAAUUCACCACUGGAAAGCCACACAGGAUGUGAUUCUGCAGUCGCUGAGUCAGGAGGAAAAAGUGAUAGUUGGUGGUGACAUGAGAGCUGACUCUCCAGGCCACUCUGCAAAGUACGGCAGUUAUGCAACGAUGGAUCUCCGUACUAACACCGUUGUGGACAUUCAGUUGGUUCAGAGCAACGAGGUUGGUGGUAGCUGCCACAUGGAAAAAGAGGGCCUGAAAAGGAGUCUAGCUUUACUGGAGUCGCGUGGCAUCAAUCUUGAUUGCAUCGUCACUGAUCGCCAUCCACAAGUACAGAAGUUCCUCAGAGAGAGAAACAUAACCCAUUACUACGAUGUCUGGCACAUGGCAAAAGGAAUUUCCAAGAAACUGGAAGCAAUCAGUAAGCAGAAAGACUGUGAGAAACUCAAGAAGUGGAUGAAAAGCAUCAUCAAUCACAUAUACUGGACUGCAGCUAGCUCAACCUCCGAACCAGAGAGGAUUGCUAAGUGGACCACGAUCCUGAACCAUGUUCGAGAUGUUCAUACACAUGAGGAUCCUCUUUACCCCAAGUGUGAGCAUGUGAUCCGCAAGACAACUGACAAGAGUAAAUGGCUCCAAGCAGAUACUCUAGCUUUUUACAAGUUGGAGAAGUUGCUGACAAAAAAAAGAACGCUGAAGGAUGUUGUAAAACUGAGCCCCCACCACCAAACUUCAUCUUUAGAGGCUUUCCGUGCCGUCAUCCUUCGCUUUGCCCCAAAGAAUGUUGUCUUUCCUUUUAUUGGGAUGUUGUGCAGACUAUACCUGGCUGCUAUGCAUUAUAAUGAAAAUGCGGACCGACCACAGGCCGAAACGGAGGAAGGUGUACCUGUCUUCAAAAUCUCAUUUCCGAAGGCUAGGAAGGAAGAGUGCAGAGUUAAACCUCAAAAGACACAGCCGACCUUUGGUUAUGUUGCUGACACGAUGGACCUCAUUUUUGAGAAAGUCUUUGUUAACCCUGUGCCAUACACCGAUGCGCUGUUGGCCAUCCCUCUCCCAGAGGACCUGAGUCCCUGAGUUUGAGAAGCUCGAUGAGGAGGAGGUCAUUGCCAGCUUUGUUUUCUGUGGAGGACAGUUUAAACCAUACGUAGUGGCCUUUCUUCAUCAGGAAAUUCACACAAGCUGGAAUAAUGACCCGGAUUCUGCGUCCCAGGAGUCCUCAGCACCAGCUCACAAACGAACGAUAGGAGAGAUAUCUGUAGCCACUGAACAAUUGAUAUUUAGUCUGGCAGAGAUCUAACAUUGUUUGUGUUAUUAUACAAAUAUUCCUUUGCUCCUAUGGAUCAUAUUCAAUGCUUGUUUUGUAACAUUUUUCAAGUUUUUUUUUUUCUCUGUUGUAAAUAAAUAUUGACACUGUCUACACUACUGAAUGAAAAUUAGACACAAGGUUGGUUGUUGGAAUAAACAGUCAAGACUCAAAACAA